ACAUCUCCACUUUUAUCUGAUAAUAAACGCAAGGCUAUUAUUGAGGCGUAUCCGCCCAUCUCGAUUAUCACGCACCUGCCACGGUUCCUUCAGCCCAGCGACGUAUGAACAAGGGCCAAAAACAAGAAGAUCAGGCACUAAAACAGUAUCAGUACUUAGUUUUCGGCUGUACUCCGUCCAUUAGAUGUAUUAGACCAUGAGAUAGCUAGUAAUGAGCCUGACAACCAACAUCUUGAGAAAUAUAUGAUAAUGAUUAAAGACAUUCGCAAACUCCUUUUACAUGUGUCCUCUACAUUGAAUCACGCGCGUAAUAACAUCGCGAUACGCGCCUUUAACCCGUCUUAUUCCAUCAAACGUGAUGAUAGUUCUUAUACUCUCCCUCCUUCUGAUUUUCAAACGGCCCUUAAUGAGCAAGCGACGGAACUUAAGGCUCUUCGAGACGCUACUUCGAACUAUCGUAAACGCACUACACGUCCUUCCUCUGGUUUCUCGCCUGGCAUUGGCAAUCCGUUUUUCGAUCAGGUCCGUCCUCCCAGCAGGGCGGUUUCUUCAACUCCAACAAUAUCGCUUCAAUCCCUACAACAACCAACAACAACAACAACCGUACACAAUUCCCAAACUCCAACAAGCGAUCAAGCAAUCCCUUUUGAGCUCAACCUCAAACCCAACCCCAACACUAAGUACUAUCAAGGUAGGGGGUCGUUUGCAAUGGUUUGCUUCCGAGUGGCACCAGAUUUCCAACAGCAACUUCGUCAACUUCAUAGUCGCUCAAGGUUAUCGUAUCCCUUUUCGUCAGACAUCACCUACCACAACAACACCCAAACCGGUCAUCCCGUUCUCUGCGGACCAGACACUACAGCUAGACCAAGCUAUUCAAAAUUUACUUCAAAAGAAUGCAAUAGAAGAAACUUCCCUAACCGAAGCAACUCAAGUACCAGGCUUCUACAGCUCCCUUUUUGUCAUUCCGAAGAAGAACAACGGCAUACGCCCAGUUUUCAACUUACGCAAGCUCAACGAAUACAUGGACCCGUGCCAUUUCAAGAUGGAAACGAUCAGAGAAGUCGCACAUCUUAUUGCACACAAAGACUAUUUAGUGUCGAUCGACUUAACAGAUGCUUUUCUUCAUUUAGGCAUCCAUUCAGAUUCACGCAAGUACCUUCGUUUUGUUGGAAGUCUAUCAAUGGUGUACCACUCCAUUUGGCCUUUGCUCCAUACCAUAUGUCUUCACUAAGGUUUGUCGUCCUAUUCUCGAUUGGGCCCGGUCACAACAAAUCAAAUUGUUGGCAUACUUAGACGACUGGAUACUGAUAGCGCCCUCGAAGAAAAUCGCAUUGCAACAGACAUAACUUGUCCUCAACAAAUUACGGCAAUUGGGCUGGUUGAUCAACGAAACCAAAUCAGUUCUGGUCCCUACUCAGCGCUUGGAACAUCUCGAGUUUAUCCUGGAUACAACAACAAUGAAAGCAGAACUACCGAAGAAGAAAGUUCGAGACUUGAAGAAGUCAAUUGCACAAAUUCUGAAACAUCCCUCGAAGCAGAC